AUUACCUUUAGAUGAGGAGCCUGAACUUUAUACAAUUUAUAGCAACUCUUAGUAAUGUAGAAGUAGUUGAUGGAGCAGCAGGGAGGUGACCAGCAGCAGUAGGAGCAGCAGCAGGGUGGAGAAUAGCUCCUCUGUAGCUCCUCUAUGAACGCCCUCCACACUCGGCAGCCUGUGAAUCACAUUUUCCACCUACCACUACCCAGUGACUCCAGACUGGGCCCCGCCGGAGGAACACACGCAACAAGAGCUCUCUUCCUCCCGACAACUUCACUGAACCGAGUCGGUGUGCUGCUGAAACACCCAGAACACAGCUUUAAACACACAACAGGACCGGGACCGGACCGGGACCGGGACCGGGACAGUCGACUGAUCCAACUUCAACACUUUGCACUAAAGUUUGCUUUCCUUUUUUUGAUGGAAGAUCAUGAGUAUCGGAUUAACGCUCUGUCCCAAUCAACCCCGAUGGAGCCGGAUACGUUGGGUAACACGUGUCUGUGCCCUGAUCAGUGCUAGUUAUUGAUCUAUUGAUCAUCGGGGAUUAUUGAGUAUUGAUCCGGAGGCUGCUGACAUGGAUCUCCAGGUGAUAGUCUGGCUCUUCUACAGCUGUCUGAUGCCCACCGCGCUGCUAACAGCUUGUCUUUUCCGCUACAACAUCCUGUCACUGGUUCACUUCCUCUACCUGCUGCUGCUGCCAUGGUUCCUGUGUCCCAACAAGCACACCAUCAGAGGUCACACAGGUCGGUUCAUCAGAGCAGUAUUCUGUACGAGUCUACUGUUCGUACUGGCCCAUAUCUGCUUCCAGACAGUCCUAUACACAUAUCCUCCUCUCAACAUCGCCAUAGGGGAUAACUGUUCACAAUGGGACACCAUAACAAGGCAUAUAGGACUGUCCAGGCUUCCUCUGGAUGAUCCUUGGAGUGUGUUACGCCUCCUGUGUCCUGACCUGGGUGUGUGUAUAGUUGCCUUGGUAACAAUCGUCCUCUGCAGCCGAUUGGUCAGGAACAGAGAGAUGGUGGCUGCUGCCAACAUUACAUCGCUUGAAGAUGAUCCAACAGAAAACGCAGAUGAUGAGGAGGAGGAUGAGGAGGAGGAAGAGGCAUCAAGAGAUGAAGAUGAAGAAGAAAGGUCAUUACCCGUUGACCCUGACGAGGAGGUUUCCACAGCAACCAGAGCCAAGCAGGUGGCUGAGUGUCUGAAGGCCACAGCCCGGAAAGUUCUCCGGGACCUGGGGAGAAUCCUGUCCAUCAGCCUGCUGGCUUUGGCUGGCAUCACACUGCCCUCUGCCUUCUCAGCCAUCUACUUCCUGCUUUUCAUCGGCGUGUGCACGUGGUGGGCGUGCCACCUUCCCAUCAGUCACCUGGGUUUCAACGCACUGUGUGUGAUGGUGGGCUUCUUCACCGCUGGUCACAUGUUGUGUCUAUACCUGUACCAGUGUGUUCUGGCCCAGGCCCUGUUCCCCCCACACAGUCUGUGGGCGAGACUCUUUGGUCUGAAAGACAUCAUCAUACCAGGAAACUGUUCCUCACCCUACGACCUUAACCUUAAUGCCAAUCAUGAUUGGCCAGUUUAUGUCAACCCAGGAAUACUGUUCCUCCUCUACAUUACAGUAGCAACUGUUCUCAAGUCAGGAUGUCAAGGAACACCUAACCAGCAGGUUAAGGAGGAGGAGGAGCAGCAGGGGAAAAUAGAAGAGGAGGAGAUGGUGGAGUUAAGGUCAUGGACUCAACAGAAAGAUAACUGUGAAGAUGACACAGAGCUCAUGCUCCUGUCGAUGGGCACAGAGAGCAGCAGAGGAGGAACGAUGGCCGGAGACAGUCAGCCAGAUCUGGGUGUUAGCGGCGCCCCCAGUGGCCCCCGACAGAGUGAAAGCCCGUUCUUCCAGCUGGGAAAGGUGGUCAUGCAGCAGAGUUACGUCUGUGCUCUCAUAGCCAUGAUGGUUUGGAGCAUCACGUACCACAGCUGGUUGACCUUUGUGCUGCUGUUGUGGGCGUGUCUCAUCUGGAUCCUGCGCUCCAGACGGCACGCAGCCACACUGUGCUCUCCGUUCAUCCUGCUUUAUGGCCUGGCUCUGUGCUGUCUGCAGUACGUCUGGGCCAUGGAGCUGCAGCCUGAACUGCCCACCACUGUGGGCACCAUGAGCCUCAGGCAACUGGGACUGGACAGAGCUCAGUACCCCUGUCUAAGACUGGGAGCUAUGAUCCUCUUUACUUUAACUUUCUGGCUGUUGGUUCGUCAGUCAGUGAAGGAAAACUUCAGCAUGAAGAGGAAAAUGGCCGCACCACUACAGGAGGUCACUACAGGAGAAGAGGGGGCUGGUAAUGAAUCGGUGCUGAAGGUUCUAGGAGGCAUGGUGAUGAGCUGUUAUGCCAAAUACUGGAUCUACGUGUGUGGAGGGAUGUUCAUCAUGGUCUCCUUUGCUGGAAAACUUGUUGGAUACAAAAUCAUUUACAUGCUGCUGUUCCUGCUCUGCCUCUGUCUCUAUCAGGUGUACUACUCUCUGUGGAGACGUCUGUUGAAGCUCUUCUGGUGGCUCGUUGUGGCCUACACUAUGCUGGUGCUGAUCUCCAUCUACACUUACCAGUUUGAAGACUUCCCUGGAUACUGGGGAAACCUUACUGGUUUUACAGAAGAACAGCUGGCAGCGAUUGGUCUGGAGACGUUUGCUCUGUCUGAACUCUUCAGCAGUAUCCUGAUCCCUGGCUUCUUCCUUCUGGCCUGUAUUCUACAGCUGCACUACUUCCACAAACCCUUUAUGAGAAUAACUGACCUGGAGCAUGUUACACCUAUACACAGGAAGAAACCCAGCGGGAGGACUGAGCAGACUGGCUCUGGUGAUGUGGGAAUGAAUUCUGAAGAGGAAGACCUGGUGACUAACGUUGAUGAGGAAUCUGAAGACGAAGUGGAGCUGGUGCCCAGUAAGUGGGGUCUGGUGAUGGACAGGUUACUGGUUCUGUCUAGAAGGUUCUCUGACAAUCUCACCAAAGUCCAAGUGUUUCUCUGGAGGCUUCUGGAGCUACACAUCUUCAAGAUGGUGGCCUUCUUCUCUGUCUGGGUUUCACUUGAAGAGCCGUCUGUGAUGAACCUGGUCCUGGUGGUGUUGUGGUCUCUGGCGAUGCCCUACAGUCGCUUCGGGCCCAUGGCCUCCUGUCUGUCUACGGUCUGGGUGUGUGUCAUCAUCGUCUGUAAGAUGCUGUACCAGCUCAGUGUCGUCAACCCUGUCGAGUACUCCAGCAACUGUAGCCUGCCUCUAACAAAUGAAACCAACCUGCUACCAGAAGAGAUGAUGAACUCCUCUCUGUAUAAGGAGCCGGUGGAUCCAGCCAAAUGGUUCGGCAUCAGGAAAGAUGCCACAGUCCUGGGAUACAGCAAGAACCAUUUAAUAGUGCUGGUGUUGUUGGUGUUUGAGGCCACAGUGUACCGUCACCAGGCUCACCACUACCGACAGCUCCAACGAUCCCCCCCCACCAUCCGUGCUCUGUUCCCCUCCACCACCAGGGACACCUUAGACCAGGGCCUCAUACCGUGCUUCAAGUACCUGCUCAACUACACCUUCUACAAGUUUGGAUUAGAGAUUUGCUUCCUGAUGACGGUGAAUGUGAUUGGCCAGCGGAUGAACUUCAUGGUGAUAAUCCAUGGCUGUUGGUUGGUAGCCAUCUUGGUGAGGCGGCGGCGGGCAGCUAUCGCCAGGAUCUGGCCCAGAUAUUGUCUCUUUCUGUCCAUCUUUAUGAUCUACCAGUAUCUCCUGUGUGUGGGCAUACCGCCUGCUCUCUGUAUAGACUACCCGUGGAGGUGGAACACUCCAGUGUUGAUCAACUCAGCUCUCAUUAAAUGGAUCUCCCUGCCUGACUUCUACACCGUGCCUCACUCCAAAAACCUCAUAGCGGACUUUGUGCUGCUGAUGUGUGCGUCCCAGCAGUGGAAGGUGUUUGAGUGUGAGCACACAGAGGAAUGGAUGGUUCUUGCGGGAGAGAACACGGAUGACCCUGAACCGAUGGAAGGUCGACUGUUUAACCCUGCACCCAACUUCAUCAACUGCAGGAGCUACCUGGACAUGGCUAAAGUUCUGGUGUUCCGUCACCACUUCUGGUUUGUGCUGUCGGUGGUCUUCAUCACCGGGGCCACCAGAAUCUCUGUGUUUGGACUGGGCUACCUGCUGGCCUGCUUCUUCUUCCUGCUGUUUGGGACCCAGCUGUUGGUCAAAUCAUCCAGGACCCGCCUUGCCCUGUGGGACUGUCUCAUCAUCUACAACGUGGCAGUCAUUAUAUCGAAGAACAUGUUAUCAAUCCUGGCAUGUGUGUUUGUGUUUGAGAUGCAGAAGGGCUUCUGUUGGGUGAUUCAACUCUUCAGCCUGGUCUGCACAGUCAAAGGAUACUACGACCCGAAAGCAGUGAGUGACAAGACGUGCAGCCUCCCAGUAGAAGAGGCCGGGAUCAUCUGGGACAGUAUCUGUUUCCUCUUUCUGUUGCUGCAGAGGAGGGUCUUCCUCAGUUACUACUUCCUGCAUGUGAUGGCAGAGCUGCAGGCUUCUGCCAAACAAGCCUCGAGGGGCUUUGAGCUCUUCAGAGCCAGUAUUGUGAAGAACAUUGAGUUCCACCAACAAGCUGAGAGGAAAUCUCUGUCACAGCUCAAGAGAUCGAUGCAGAGAAUUCGCUCCAAGCAGCAGAAGCACAGAGACGGACACAAAACAAGUGAAUAUUCUACCAAGAGUCCGACUGCUGAGAGCCAGACAGACAAGAAGAGUUCCAGGAAGAGAAAGUGGCACCAGCCAUGGUUGGACCACGCUAAAGUGCUCCACUCAGGAGAAUACUACCUUGAAUCAGACAGUGAGGAUGAAGAGGAGUCUGAAGAACAGAAGCCUCAGAAACAGACUGCCUCUCAGUUGGCGUACCAGGCGUGGGUGAGCAGUGUGAAAACAGCUUUAAGAGAACGUCAGAGACACCAGAGACAGCUGAGGAAGAUGGAGAGAAAAGAGAAAGAGAAAGAGGGGAGAGUGGAGUCACAACAGGAGGCGUUUUCUGUGAUAGGUUGUGGAGACAAUGAUGUGUUUGGACCUCGCCUUCAGGAGGAGGAGCCCGAGGAACAGGAGUCUGGUCACGGUGAAAUGGUUCAGAGGAUCUUGGAUAUCCUGCGCUUCUUAUUGGCCGUAGUUCUAGCCAUGGUGGAUGGACUGACUCAGUGGCUCAACCUGCUGACUAAACAGUACAGAGAAACGUCUACUGUCCUGUGCAAUGAACGCUACUUCAUCAUACACAAGAUACAGCAACAUCAUGCAGCAGCAGCCUCCACAGAUGAGCAGGGUGUCUCAGGCAGUGAGAGUCCCACAUUCGAGACGUGUUUGGAUGAGAAUGUUGGAGACUCCACCAGAUACAGCUGCCUUGAGGUGGACAGCAUGGGUGUGACGGGGCGGUCUACCCCCAGGCCGAGGCUCAACAGCAGGAACCUUUUGAGUCCAGAACCCCCAUCCAGCAGCAUGGAGCUGGUACCAGUUCCAUCCAAACAACAACACAGACACUCCAGAACAGCCAGCGAGCUGCUGGGAGACCGGCAGUUCUUCAUUGAGGAGCUAGAACAGAGCCGAGAGUUCUAUAACGGCCAGAACCGCCUGCUGAAGCUGCUGUUUGCCAUGUACAACCUUUUAGCAGCCAACUCUGAGCUCGUCUGUUAUUUUAUCUUAGUGUUAAACAACGUGGUCAGUGCCUCUGCCAUAUCACUGGUCCUCCCCAUACUGGUCUUCCUAUGGGCUUUGUUGUCUGUUCCAAGACCAACCAAGAGGUUUUGGAUGACUGCUAUAGUCUACACAGAGGUGAUGGUGGUGGUGAAAUACCUUUUCCAGUUUGGAUUCUUUCCUUGGAACAGUGUUUAUGAGAUGACUUUAAAUGAAGACAAACCCCUACUUCCCACCCGCAUUCUGGGCGUGGAGAAGACCGAUAAUUACAUCAGAUAUGAUCUUCUUCAGCUGCUGGCUCUGUUCUUCCACAGAUCCCUGCUCAUGCGGUAUGGCCUGUGGGACCACGAGGGCCCUCUGGAGGAGCAGAGCCCCUCAUCAGAAAGUUGUAAGGAUGAAGGAAAAACUAGAGAAGGAGAUGAAGAUGGAAUCAGGAAGAGAGACGAGGAGGAGGAAGGAGGAGGAGGAGGGCAGAGUUAGUCAACAUCUACCUUGGAAAACCUGGAGAUUACUGAACUGGACCAAACUGAAAAGGUGGUGCAAAUACUUGAUAUAGUUGCUAUUGAGUACCAGUCUGCUGCUGCUACCACAGAACCUCCUGCAGCUGAACCAGAACCCCAGUGGUUCAAAGAUGGACAGGAAACUCCGUCUGGGCUGGAGGACAUGUUGAAUCCCUCCAGCAGGCUGAGGGAGAAUAUGAUGGACGGAGACAGUGAGCAGGUGAUAGAGGAAGUCCCCAAGAAAAGCAGCAGUAUCCGCUUCCGCACGGAAAACCCAAACAACCCUAAAGAACCCAAACAACGGCGCAGCAAAGUGGAGCCCACAGCUGAGGCUGCAGAUCCCUGUGAAGAACAGUGAAGAAAGAAGCAGAAAAGCAGGAGGAGAGAGGCAGCCACUGAGAGACUGCUGGCUGUGGGACACAAGAUCAAAGAUGUCUUCAUCUCCUGGGGGAUGCUCAGAGUGUUUACAUGGCCAGCUCAGCGGUUCUUCGGCGGUAUUCUCCACGCUGAUUAUCGGGCUGCCACUGAUGUCUAUGCAUUCAUGUUCCUGACUGAUGUCAUCGACUUCAUCAUCAUUGUCUUUGGCUUCUGGGCUUUUUGGGGCAAACACAGCGCAGCAGCAGAUAUAGCCUCCACUCUGUCAGAGGACCAGGUUCUGAGCGCCUUCCUGGUGAUGCUGCUCAUCCAGUUCAGCACCAUGAUCAUCGACAGAGCCCUGUACCUGCGCAAGGCUGUCCUGGGAAAACUCAUCUUCCAGGUGAUCCUUGUGUUUGGGAUCCAACCUUGGAUCUUCAUCCUGCCUGCUGUCACUGAAAGGAUGUUCAAUCAGAACUUUGUGGCCCAGCUCUGGUACUUUGUCAAGUGUAUUUACUUCGGCCUGUCAGCCUAUCAGAUCCGCUGUGGAUACCCCACCCGUAUCCUUGGCAACUUCCUCACCAAGAAAUACAACCACCUCAACCUGUUUCUAUUCCAAGGGUUUCGUCUGGUGCCAUUCUUGGUGGAGUUGCGAGCAGUGAUGGAUUGGGUUUGGACCGACACCACUCUGUCUCUGUCAAACUGGAUGUGUGUGGAGGACAUUUAUGCCAACAUCUUCAUCAUCAAAUGCAGCCGUGAGACAGAGAAGAAAUACCCGCAGCCUAAAGGACAGAAGAAGAAGAAGAUAGUGAAAUAUGGAAUGGGUGGCCUCAUCAUCUUCUUCCUGAUUUGCAUCAUCUGGUUCCCCCUUCUCUUCAUUUCAUUGGUCAGAUCAGUUGUGGGCGUGGUCAACCACCCCAUCGAUGUCACUGUGACUGUGAAGCUGGGAGGAUACGAGUCCCUGUUCACCAUGAGUGUGCAGCAGCAGUCCAUCCAGCCCUUCACAGAGGCUGAAUAUGACCAACUCACCAACAACUUUGGAGACAAUGCGGUAGCCAUGCAGUUCAUCACUCUCUACAGUUAUGAGGACAUCGUGACGUCCAUGAUUGAAGGGAGUUCAGGAUCGGUGUGGAGGAUCAGCCCCCCCAGCAGACAGGAAGUCAUCAAAGAACUACUUGGAAGUCCUGUCGAUCUAACUCUACGUCUGGCCUGGACUUUCCAGAGGGACCUUGGUAAAGGAGGGACAGUGGAACACACAUUUGACAAACACUCUAUAGACCUGGAACCUGGGAACCCAGUCAGAGCAGAUCUGGCCUCACUACUGGUUGGCAAUCGCACUGAGCCUGUGCAUGUUCCUCAUAUGUUCCCUAACUAUAUCCGUGCCCCCAACGGAGCUGAGGCCAAACCAGUCAAUCAACUAUAUAAAGGUAAUGAAGAUGGUUACCUGAAUAUAACCCUGUCCCUGAUGAGUGACAGGUCACUGAACGGCAGUGGGAACCAGGAGUGGUGGGACAUUGCCAUUGCAGGCUGUGCCCCCUCCUCAUGUGGGGUUCUACCCAUGGUCAUAUUCAACGACAAAGUCAGUCCACCCAGCCUGGGUUUCCUGGCUGGAUAUGGGAUCAUGGGUCUGUAUGUGUCUGUGGUCUUAGUCAUUGGGAAGUUUGUGCGUGGCUUCUUCAGUGAGAUCUCACAUUCCAUCAUGUUUGAGGAGCUGCCCUGUGUGGACCGCAUCCUGAAGCUCUGCACAGACAUCUUCCUGGUGCGUGAGACAGGAGAGCUGGAGCUAGAAGAGGAACUUUACUCCAAACUGAUCUUCCUCUAUCGAUCUCCAGAGACUAUGAUCAAAUGGACCAGGGACAUGCACAGCCGAGACCAGGACAGAUACUGACUGACUCACUGAUCGUCUCUGGUUGUAAUAGAGCACAGUGAUAUCUGAAGCACACUGCAAAGAUGUCCAGGGUACAACAGAAGGAACACUCCUUACCAGACUGGACAUUACAGCCAAGGAGACACACAAAAGGAGACAUACACUUAUAGACGUACUUUAUGAAACAUCUCCUGUUGCUGUUGCAUCUUCACAGCUGCCUGAACACUUUCAUCAAACCAGCGUACACUACAGACUGGUGAGAGUGCAAUUGUAGUUCCUCUGUGGAUGGGAUGUAUAGCAGAUGGAUGUCUGUCCUGCCGGAUUUGGGCAUAAUGCCCCUGGAAGGCACAAUUAGUGGUCAAAUUGACCUGUGUUAAUGGUCAGAGGUCAAAGGUUAAACACAAGAGGCACUUCAUUCCUAACCCCAGGUGGAGUGACUGUGUAGCUGAAACCUGAAACUAAUUGUAGGUUGAACCGUCUGCAGUUACUGUAUCAGUAUGAAAACAUACCAUGCUGUCAAUCAAACUUGUUUUUGAAAUGAUUCAUUCUUGUAAAAGUAACAUGUGUGCAGCAGCCAUGCUCGUUUGACUUUACAUCAUGAUUUAAAGGGCCAUGUUAGCUUAUCUUUCCUUUACAGAAAUAGCUUUUUCAGUUCCUCCUAACCCUCUACAGGCAAAGGAAUGGAAAUAAUUGUGGCAUAAACACUAAAAUACCACCCUCUGUCACUAUUGUGUUGGGUCACAGACCUGGAGGUGAUCUUGAAAACACUUGAAGAAAUCAAAUUCAUUAUCAGAAGAGAAAACACUUUAAUGAAACUUUAAACUUUAAACUUUUAAACUAACAAAUACAGAAACAUGCUGCAAGAAGCUCACAUGACUGUUUCCAGGGGACAAAAAAAAGUGAUGCACACAGCUGGGACGCGCUUAUUUUUGCCAUGGUUUUUGGGUUAUGAAGUUGUUGAACGCAGUUAUGCGUCAGUGCUGUUGGAAACUGAGCUAAAAUGCAGUUAUGUUGAUUUGGUUUAUUUUAACAUUGUGAUCAUAUGAUUCAGAUGUCUGCUGUUAUACAAUUCAUGUUGUAGUGGAGCGGAUGACAUCCAUUUUUCAGUCAAAUUGUGUGAAUAGUGAUACCAAAUUUGGCAUGAUGAUUCCCGAGGGGUCACGAAGCAAAUAUAAACGAUUGGCCACUUGAAAAUCCAAGAUGGUGGCUAUUUUCCAAGAUGGCCACCAAAUUGACCUGCCGUUAAUGGUUUCUCUCAUAGAAAUACAUCUACUUGGUCGAUUUGAGUGAUCUUGGUGUCAAAUUAUAUGUUUUUUAGCAUGCUGAAUCUAAUUUUGAUAGUUUUAAUAAUUUUUUACUUCAAUAUGGCGGCCAUUGUAGGUCUACUGUUGUAGACAGCUAUCAAUAGCUGCUGUUGCCAUAGGUGUAGGGGCUUAGUGGUAGAGGUAGUACCUUUGUUUCAGCAGUCAGCUACAUCCUCCAGGAUAGACUACUGGCACUGGUCCUCACUAUUUGCCCAACUCUCACCUAUGGCUCCAGAAGUUGCUAGUGCACGGCAAUGGCCACACCCCGGGACACGGUGUUGGCUCACGGGCUAAACUAGGUGAGGGUAGCACACAGAGAGUCUCUGUGUGAUGGAGUAUGUCUAGCUCCAAAUUUCGAAGUGCAUAGAGUCAGCGAACUAGCCAUCUUUAUCCAUGAGGUUCCAACCCAACUGCCAACCCAAAGGCUGCUGAGAUGAUACGUCGUGACCUGCUUCAGCAUAAAACAGAAUUCAACAGCACGUUCCAUGAUGGGUACCUUGAAGAUACCGUCCCACUCUCCCUGCUUCAGUUUGUAUGUAUGAUUCAACAUGGGGCUGAUAUCAAGUCUCCAGAAUGGCGCAUCAAAAUCUGACCUUGCAAUGUCCCAACUGUUACAGUACAACUGCUUUGCCAAAUACAGGGAAAGAUCGCAGGUCCACAGGCACUCUAAGGACCGGGAGACACCUUUUCCUGUGUAUGUUGGCCUGUCUGUGUUUGCCAAGACCAGAAAGAGGCAAGUGAUAGAUAUGUUGGUGAGGGAACCUCAUGGAUAAAGAUGGCUAGUUCGUUGACUCUAUGCACUUCGAAAUUUGGAGCUAGACGUACUCCAUCACACAGAGACUCUCUGUGUGCUACCCUCACCUAGUUUAGCCCGUGAGCCAACACCGUGUCCCGGGUGUGGCCGUUGCCGUGCACUAGCAACUUCUUGAAGCCAUAGGUGAGAGUUGGGCAAAUAGUGAGGACCAGUGCCAGUAGUCCAUCCUGGAGGAUGUGGCUGACUUCUGAAACAAAGGUACUACCUCUACCACUAAGCCUCUACACCUAUGGCAACAGCAGCUAUUGAUAGCUGUCUACAACAGUAGGCCUACAAGCCAACUGAGACAUACAAACACCACAAAGCAAAGACUCACCGGACAGCCAAAAAGUAAGAAAAAACUUAUUGGAGGAUGUUAAAGCUGUAAAAAUUAAAUCAAGCAUACCAGAAACCUAUAACUCUACAUCACAAUCAUUUAAAUUGACCAAGUACAUGCAUUUCUUUAAGAAAAACAUUCCCGGCGAGUAAAUUUCACAGCCAUCUUGAAAAAUGGCCGCCAUGUUGAAGUUAAAAAUUGUAAAAACUAUCAAAAUUAGAUCCAGCAUGCUACAAAACACAUAAUUUGACACCAAGAUCACUCAAAUCGACCAAGUAGAUGAAUUUCUGAGAGAAACCAUUAACGGCAGGUCAAUUUGGCGGCCAUCUUGUAAAAUGGCCGCCAUCUUGUAUUUUUAGGUGGCCAAUCGUUGAUAUUGCUAAGCGUUCCCUCGGGAAUCAUCAUGCCAAAUUUGGUGCUUGUAUCACUAUUUGCAUGAUUUUUCCUCUAUCCGCUCCACUAUUGAAACAGGCUGAUGUUUGGUUAGCUGGCUACUUUCAGUCACCAAGUAACGUUCAAGGAAAUAAAUUGCGAAUGAUUUAAUUAA